AUGUUUGAUGAGGUAGUCGAUCCGACGAUGGGUGUCGUGAUCAAUUUCCGACGAAAAAGGAAGGCGCGGCCCGUCGUCCUGACGCGCGCGGCGGUAAUUGGCAAGCUGGCGGGCAAGUUCACUUGCACGCUGGAGACUCGGCGCCAUGAGCUUUUGAGGCUAUCAGGUGUCCAGCUUGUAAUGUCCGCAGGAAGUCGAGCGAUCGGAUUGGAUCACAGGAGGUUCCUGGUUGGCCAGGGCGCUUGA